GUACCAUGACUUGUGUUCACGCAGGCGAUUGGUCAAAACACGUCAUGAUUUACAUCCGAAUGGAGCGGUCAGAUUCAAAUAACUGAUGCAGUGAUGCUCAUUUAGAAUCGCUAGCGGACCCGGCUCAGAAAGACACUUUUGCUCUUCACAUUCGUCCACGAUGCCAAACAGAGAAAAAACAGCGCGAAAACCGAAAGCGGAAACGCUGUGCUGAGGGACUCAAGAGCAAAGUCAGGCACGAGAAGGACCUGCGCCAACUGGAGCUGAAGCACUCCGAUGAGCUGAAAGCCCAAGAGAAGAGGCUUCAAGCCGAGAUGGCAGAUCUUCAAAAAGCCGCCCGCCCAGCUGCUCGCCCUGCUACCACUUCACUGCCACGACUGCCCAAGAUAAUGGACAGUGACCUGUCUGACCAGCCCCUCGGCCCGCGCAUCCUGGGCGCAGGUCGAUUUGGGAAGGUUUUUUUGAAAACCCUGAAAAGUGUCAACAACAGCCUCGUGGCAGUGAAAGUGGUUCCAGCCACCACGCAGUGCAAGGACGACCUGGUGCAGGAGGCAGACUUCCUGUCCAGGGUGUGCCACAGGCCAUGGUUCCCAUCCCUGUUUGGGUGGAACCUGGAUGUGGCACAGCCAUACCUGGUACAGGAGUUUGUCUCCUGCAGACCAGGUGUGGACACAGCCACCACACUGCUGGACGCCAUCAACGAGCCUGCAACCCUUCUGAUCAAAAGCUGGGAAUACGGCAGGGCGCUGCUACAGGUGGCGCACGGAAUACACUACCUGCACCUGGCAGACGUUCUGCACAAUGACCUCAAGAGUGACAAUGUGAUGGUCCAGAGAAACGGCGACAACUUGUCCGCAAAGAUCAUAGACUUUGGGUUGGCCUGCGCCGUGGAUCGACCCAUCCAAUUGGACAUCAAGGCAGGCGAGAAGGUGUCGAAACACAUCGCCCCAGAGGUGGCUACGGGGGGACCCGUGUCGGUCCAUUCGGAUGUCUACAGCCUGGGGCGGAUGAUCGAGGACGUUGGGAAGUGUUCUGGAUCCGGAAAUAGCGGUCGUCACCUAAAGACAGUGGCAAGGGCCUGUCUGAAAACCUCUCCUACUAACAGGCUGACAAUUUUGCAGCUUGUCAACAAAUUACAGACCUAGUUUUUUAAAGGACAUCACAUUUAACAAUUCAUGCAAUCUCACAAUAAAGUAUUUUUAGUACUCUCUUGUCUAUAUUAGCUACAUGUACAUUGAUUUAGUUGACAUGUUUGUCGGCGAUUACUUAGUACAGUUACUGUAACAUCUACUCAAUUGCAGAGAGCUUAUCAUGAAAUUCCUUUUUUUUGCAAUAAAUCACCAUCCCUUUUUCAUGUUUGGUUUUGUUCACAUUAAAAACACCAAAUUCACCACCCUAUAGUUAUAAAAUAAAUGUAUAAAAGGCCAACCAGGUUCCCCUUAUAUAUCAACUACAAUGUCCUUGUUUUAAGUUAUGUUCUACCUAUUUUUACACGCUAUAUU